UAUCCCGUCAAUGGCUCUCAGUAGCAGGUUUGAAACAGAACGGGUCGUCGCUUUUGGCUGAUAUCAUUCAUGGCCAUGGAACAGAAGACCACCUCGGAUAGCCGCCGAGACGAAGUGCUCGCAGUGGCGACUUUGUUCUUCUUUCUUUCGUGGGCAACAGUCGGUCUACGAUUUUAUGUGCGUGGGAAGCUCAUGCACACUUGGGGUCUGGAUGAUACAUUUAUGGGUGCUACUCUUGUGAUCUUCACGGUGUAUCUAGCAUUCCAAACGGUCGCAGCGAUUUACGGAACAGGCCGACACCGGUGGGAGUUGGAAGAUGAUGACGCGAGAAUCGCUCUUCUGUUCUGGUAUCUCUGUGAACUGAUCUACGUCCUCGCCAACUGUACCCUCAAGUUUUCGAUCGGUUACUUCUAUCUUCGGGUCGCUGUACAACGCUGGCACGUCUGGACUAUCAAGAUCUUGAUGGCUGGUACAAUCUUCUUUUCACUUAUCUACUUCUUUCUGGCAAUGUUCCAGUGUACCCCUAUCUCCGAAGUCUGGAACAAUCACCCUGCAUCCGACAAAUGUUUGCCAGCAGGCCCGACAAAAGGCAUCACAUAUGCUCUUGCAGCCGUAAACGCCACUGCAGACUGGGCUCUUGGAACUCUACCUUUCUUCAUUGUCUGGGAUCUUCAGAUGAAGCGAAAGGUGAAAAUACUCGUUGCUGGCAUCUUGGCCUUCGCCGCAAUCGGUAGCACAGCAACAAUCGUCCGCAUGUUCUACAUACACACGCUUAUGAAUGGACCUGACUUCUUGUAUGCGACUACCGAUGUCGCUAUCUGGAGUACAGUCGAGCCAGGCAUUGGUAUUGCUGCCAGUAGCAUAGCAACUCUACGUCCGCUCUUCCGGCACUGGCUAUGGCGCUUGGGGCUUGCAUCUGCCCCUGGGCAAAGCAACACCUACUAUCCUUCGAUUUCCGGCCAGAAACGGAAGGAUCGCCGUGGCUAUCGACGAAGUCUCAGUCCAUCUGAUCUGGUACCUACUGAACGUGGUGGAGUCACUUCGACAGAGAUAAAAGGACCGACAACACAAUCCACAAAUCACGAGGGAAUGAUCACACUCCCCUCCAUCGUCAUCGAAGAAGAAGAUUAUGUACAAACACAACCUGAAGGCUAUAUCCUGCAGACCACUACUGUGCGACAAGAUUUCGACGACCCUGCACCACGCCUGCACCUUCGAGAUAGCCUCAGGAACAGCUUUACCAGAGGAACCAUUCUCAGCCCCGGCAAUAAUCGGGCAUUUUAAUCAAUAAUGCCAAAACCGUUCCUGCCAAGCAGCGAACGGUCCACAUACAGGAUAACAUAAGAGGCCAGAGUAUCCGCAAACCCUUAUCCAAUGUUUGGAAAUCUACAACCCGACUUCACGCAUCAUGCUCGCUUGAAUUUUCCACGAUUCGAAGUCUCGAUGCGUCUGGCUUC